GCCUCCGCAGGGCCCUCUACGUCGCGACCCGUACGACCUCAACCUGCUCAAGCGUCUGGAAAAGUAUCGCGCUCCAACUCGGGCCAACAAUCCGCAUCCGCGAUGGCCCAAAUGCAGACCGUUUCCGCCGCGAUCCCUCGGGCGAACCGGUACAAAGAGAAAUUCCAUUCCCUCCGCGAGCGAUACGACCAAGUGAACGCGCAACAUGAAACGUACGUCCGCGAGCUCGCGACCGCCGACGCCAAAAUGAAGCGUCUCCAGGCCGAAUGCGAGCUACUUUUGGACGCCGUCGCGCUCGCGGCCCCUGCGCAGCCCACGCUCAUGCAGUACCUCCUGCCGCCCGACGAGGCGCUCAACGGGCACGGCCUCGAGCUCCACGCGGACGUCGAAUACGGCGCUCCGCCCCCGAAUGGCAGCGCUCCAUUCAUCCCGGAUCCUGAAACCUACCCGCCGCAGCAGUAUCUCCCGUGGUCGCGUCGAGACCACGCGCACCAUUCGGACCCGUACUCGAACGGGCGUAACGGGGACACACACCCGGAAGAUCGCGCACAGUACCAGACCGCGUCGGGUCAGAUGACGCCAGACGGCGUGCACCCGCCGGGUCGUGAAUCGAACGGUAGAGCGCCGUCACAAGACGACGUGCGUCGAUAGCCCCGUCCACAUCAAGUUCCUCCGUCGGAAAAUCCCACUGUGCCCCGCCUGUCUCUCGUGCUCUUUGUAUUGCCCCUGUAACCUAACUGGCGCCACUCAUGCGCAAUGGAUCCAUGUCAAG